CGCAAUUGCAGCGAGGUACAUGCUGCGCAUGGACAAUUUCGUAAUUAGUACCGUGAUUGUGAAGGAUGGUGCUUAUGCCGAUUGCAAUGGUUGGUAAAGCAGGCGAACCUGGCAUUUUAUUGUGAAACGCUUGUUUGGUAUUCGAGGCAGGCGCAGAACCUUGGAGCCCGACUUAUCAAAAAGGGCUGUGCUGCUGCUCGUGGACCAUUCAUCUCCUCAUUCCAUAAUCAGCUAAUGAGAUACUACGCCUCACCACUGGCAACCAUGGCUGAAGAGGACGUCAAGAAAGAUUUGGAGCAGCCCAUUACAAAAGAAGCCAUUAAAGACUCACAUGAUGCUCAACCCACCAAGAAUGAGAAGCGCCCUCGAAAGAGCUCGUUGAAGACGAGCGACGAGAAGCACGCCAAGGCGCAGACGCCUGCUCAGAGAGAAGCAGCGAAGGAGUCGCAAAUGCAUGAGACGUUCCACGAUGCCAGUAAUGGCCCUCCACGCGCUGGUGACAAUGAUGCACACUUGGCAAAGGAGACUGGCGGCCCGAUCAAUAAUCAAACGUUGAACAGGAGCAGCACCGAUCUCUCUGGCGAGAACGACAAGUCUGAGAUGGAAAAGCCAAUGAGGAAGGAAGACCUCUUUCCAGGUGACAAUAUCAUUCCGGAUGCGGCCAUGGUGUACGACCAGAAGCGCACUAUUCGCGCACCCGCCGAAGUCAUCUUUCCGUGGCUGUUGCAAAUCGGCAAGAACCGAGGUGGUUGGUACCUGCCGCAACCUGCGGAGAAAGUGCUUCCAUUGUCUUGGCGACCUUCGCGCACAAUUGAGUCCAAGUGGCAGAGGCUCAUCCCUGGUGAGCGGCUUCCCGAUUACGGGCUCGGCAACAAUGACUAUCUUGUCGUGGAGCGGGUCGAAGAGCCACAUACAAUUGUCUUCCGGUCGCGGCGUUAUGGGUGUGACUUCACCUGGGCCCUUUUGCUACGCGAGCUUCACGAUCCCGAAGCAGAUUCUGAAGAAGCUGCGACAGUCGUCCACCUGAGGUUUCGCGGCCAGAUCAAGGCAGAAGGAUUUAGGCGGCGUGUGGUCGUCAAGAGUGGUCAGGUGUUGGAGAAGUUGAGCACGGCGCCGCUCCUUGCCGGCUUGGCUGAGCGCUGCGAGCAGCGCGGUGAGAUUGAGAAGGAGAAGGCCAGGGCAUCCGAAAAGCCUUCGCGACGUUCUUGGCCCGGAAUCAGAUCCUCUCUGCCCAGAAGGAAUGCACAACAGGAAGAGCAUGAGCCCCGCAAUUCCGUCUCAUGAGUCCUGUGAGAGACAUGCUCACUUUGGGGCUGGCUCAUCGUAUGGUCCAAAGGCAGCAAUCUCCACGCCCUCCAUCACCCAAAAGGAUAACGUGUCGAAAAGUCCAGCCCAGAGCCCCUCGCUCUCCUGCUUCUUUUGGUCUUGUUCGCUAUUUUCCUGAGCUAUACCCCGUUUCGCGACUUGCUGUAGGCUUUCCACAGCCUUGGAGUUCUUGAGCUCGAGCGUAAUCACGUUGCCGUUUUUGCUGCGAUAGCUAAUUUUCCGGUUGUCUGGGGACAAGAGCAUGGGUCGGGACUCUGAAGUGGUCGCUGUAGUGGCGCCCAUUGUUUCGAAUAGCAUGAGAUAGAUCGGUGUAUUGCUUCGAGAAUCUCACGAAAGUGUCUCCACGUGUGUCAGCCGUAUUCGAUGGGUGGUGUGCGAUGACGCUGGCAAAGUUCCGUGGCGUCCGGCAGUGUCUUCCUGGGUAUAUCCAUGAUCGAAUCCGGUGCAGUCGCGAUAUAUAGAAAUAAGGGCCAAGUUUUGCGCACGGCAGCUGACGUAGUGGUGGGUGCAAAAACGAAAGGUCGAGAAAUGACGAAGUGUGAUGAAGGCAUUGUCUCCCUGUGGCUUUCGUCAGGGUCGAACUCAGAUCUGAC